CGACGAGAUCUGGGGAUCAUCCCAAGUUGGCAACCCUGACAAAUGCGCUCCUUGGCCCUUGUCCUCCAUGAACACUGAUAAAAUGCUGUCCGGUCAGGAUUUCGUUGGCCCACGACUAGGUCCCUCAAGCCAGGUAUCAAGGCUCGGGAGAUUGAUACACAUAACGAAUAUUCGCCAUGUCCAAAGCAGCCACAACCACUUACACAGUUGAACUUCCGAGCGAUGCCGAGAAUGCAUCACGAUCCACAGCAAGAGCUUCUUUUCAAGUGGACGACUCUCCCCCCUCUGAAGAUGAUCAGGCCCAAGGGCUCACCAAGUCGGUUCUUUUGAAGCUCGCCAGCGCUGCUUUCUCGUUUUUUGUGUCCGGUGUCAACGACGGUAGCAUCGGUGCCUUGAUACCACACAUCAUCCGCGACUAUGGUGUAACUACUGCCAUUGUGUCUGCCCUAUAUGCGGCGAGUUUCGUGGGCUGGUUAUCCGCCGCCUUGUCCAACACACAUCUCAAUCAUCGCCUUGAUCUUGGAGCUAUGAUGGUUUUAGGCGCUGCCUUCCAAGUCGUCGCCCAUGCACUGAGAGCAUGGCCCACGCCGCCGUUUGGCUUGUUCAUCACUACCUUCUGGUUUGCCAGCAUCGGACAGGCUUUCCAGGACACACAGGCAAACACCUACGUCGCCACGGAGAAGGGUCUGACUGUUCACCGCUGGCUUGGUUUUAUCCAUGCCAUGUACAUGGCAGGAUGUCUCGUUGCGCCAUUCGCUGCCUCCCCCAUCGCGUCAUCGCCUUCCGGAGACGGAUCUUCGCAGUGGUACUUGUUUUACACCGUACCUCUGGGCUUGGGUGUUGCUAACUUGGCACUGGCCAUGGUGGCAUUUCGGGAUACAUUCCGCCUUCGACCCCGUGUGCGUGCUCUUGAUCCCGGUACUGUGGCUCCCGAGAAAAGCGCUUCGGCCCUCAUCAAAGAGACCCUCACGACGCGAAGCGUUUGGGUAAUCAGUCUGUUUUUCUUCUUCCAUCUCGGGGUUUGCAUCACCGCUGGUGGAUGGGUUGUGGAAUAUCUCGUGGAUGUCCGCGAUGGCGACUUGAGGCAGAUGGGAUACGUUCCAGCUGGGUUCAGCGGCGGUUGUCUCUUGGGUCGCCUCCUUCUGCCCGAUCCAACACACAAAUUCGGCGAGCGGCGGAUGAUAUUCAUAUACUGCCUGUUCUGUCUAGCGUUUCAGCUGGUAUUCUGGCUGUAAGCAUUAUCACAUGGUGGCAGAAUAGGAGAUAUUGUGUGAAGCUAAUCGAGACUUGUUACAGUGUUCCCAACAUCAUUGCUGCCUCGGUCGCCAUCAGCUUCUUGGGGUUCUUUCUCGGGCCAUUCUUUGCGACUGCCCUUGGGGUGGGCACGCGGCUCUUCCCUCCCGACAUCAGAUCUACAGCACUGCCUUUCCUCUUCGUCUUUGCCCAACUUGGUGGUUCUCUGUUCCCGAUCGUCACCGGAAUACUGGGCGCCCACGUUGGAGUCUCGGUAUUGCAGCCUGUCCUUGCGGGCCUGAUAUCGGCCUCGGCAAUCGUUUGGCUAUUUGUUCCUCAGCCUCAGACGAAGCGAGAGUAGCUGUCACUGGUACGCGGCAGGUCUCAGAAAUGAUCAAAAAUUAAGUAGCAUUGGCUAGCUUUAAGAGCAACAUGAAGCCCUUGCUCGAAUUGCGGAAAAUCUCCUUCAUUGCAUCCCUCGGCCGAUUCUCGCCUAAACGACCACGCAAAGUUCCAAUCCUUGGGCUGUCAGUCUAAGCAGGGAUGAGAUGUUUGCCUUGGGGCUUACUAACAGUUUUGGGGUAUCAAAAAUCGUAAUCAUUAAUCAUCAAAUUCGUUGCCUUCCCUACUUUGGCCGCGAUGCGGAAUGCGCUGAACCGUGAGACGAAACA